CCCACCAAAUGAGCAACGCCUCACCACCACCACCCCUAUUCCGCCGCAGAUGGCCACCGGACUUAGUUUCCACGCAACCAAACCCUUAUUUCUUAGCACUACCUAUAACUUCACAAACCUCUCUCAUAUUCCAACUUCUUCUUUGGCAUCCCUCCGAAAGCUGUCGCUGAAACGGAAUUUGGCUGUCAAAGCCACCACUGAUCCAUCAGGUCAGGUUGAAAAGGAUGAAGUCGUCGAGAAACCGAAAAGGACUGUAGGGGAGAUGGAACAGGAAUUUCUUCAAGCACUUCAGGCGUUCUAUUAUGAGGGGAAGUCUAUAAUGUCGAACGAAGAAUUUGAUAAUCUCAAGGAAGAACUAAUGUGGGAGGGAAGCAGUGUUGUAAUGCUAAGUGCUGAUGAGCAGAGGUUUUUGGAAGCUUCAAUGGCUUACGUAUCUGGAACCCCACUUCUGUCCGACAAGGAGUUUGAUGAACUGAAACAGAAGCUUAAGGCAGAUGGUAGCGAAAUUGUGAUUGAAGGUCCUCGGUGCAGCCUCCGUAGUAGGAAGGUCUAUAGUGAUCUUUCUGUUGACUACCUAAAGAUGUACCUUCUGUACGCUCCGGCUACAGUUGUUGCGUUAGUACUGUUUUUCUUUAUAGACGAAAUAACUGGCUUUGAGAUUGUAAAGAUUCCGGAGCCAUUUGCUUUUCUCCUCACGUGGUUUGCAGCUCUGCCCUUCAUAAUAUGGCUAGCGUUCACGCUCACAAAUGCCGUUGUGAAAGAUGUUUUAAUCUUAGUGGGGAUCUGUCCAAACUGUGGCACCAAGAACAAUUCCUUUUUCGGUUCCAUACUAUCGAUAUCUAGCGGGGGUUCCACCAACAACAUGAAAUGCUCCAAUUGUGGGACUGCAUUGGUGUAUGAUUCCAAGACUCGUUUGAUUACGUUGCCUGAAGGAAGUGAGGCAUAACUUGAUAAGGUACCAUCCUUGAAAUCAGUGGCGGAGCCAGGAAUUUUGCGGUGGGGGGCCCAAGAAGGAAAAAUUUAGCUCUGCCACUGUUAAUAGUUGUAGGGAUCUCUCGGUGGUUUCGUCAUUGAAAUUAGUCGUAGUAAGACCCUUAUAUGUUUUUCCUUUUUUCAUCAUUUAGAAUUAAAAGAUCUUAAAAUUAAAGGUAUGUUUUCAGAUAUGUAAUACUCAAGAAAUAAAUGCAUAUCAAGCAAAUUUAAUCUAA